CCCAAAAGUCUUCGCCGAUCUUUGCUAUCUUCUCUCCUAUUCAGGCUUGAUAUCAUGUCGAACGAAGAGAUAUUGGAUGGAGGUGAUCGCAUGCAAAUUGAUGGGCGUGAUUCAGAGCUUCAAAGAUCUAGCAAAGUCCCACAAGGCUUUAAUGUUGAUUAUCUCAAAGUUUAUUAUGGAAAGCUGUUCCCAUAUGGUGAUAUUUUUAAAUGGAUGUCCUAUGGAAAUGCUGGGAAACAUCCUGCAUGUGAUCCCUCUUACUUUGGCCGGAGGGAGUUCUCUUUUAGCCUUGGAAAUGACACAUAUUGCCGCUAUCAGUCAUUCGAUAGUGUGACAGAAUUUGAGAAUUCUAUCAAGAAAAAUUGUCCUUUCAAAAUUGAUAUUGGUCCUGUUUACAGAGUAAAUCCUGCAAAAAGAUUUGCAUAUGCUCAAAGUGGCAGUGAUGGUUUUACACCUGUUGAAAGGGAACUUGUUUUUGAUGUUGAUAUAUCAGAUUAUGAUGAUGUCCGGCACUGCUGUUCUGGAGCUGAUGUCUGCACAAAUUGCUGGCCAUUAAUGACCAUUGCUAUUAAAGUGAUUGAUACUACUCUCAGAGAUGAUUUUGGUUUCAAUCACAUAUUAUGGGUAUUUAGUGGCCGUCGUGGGGUACAUUGUUGGGUAUGUGAUGGCAGAGCAAGAAGGCUUAACAAUGAUGAGAGGGCAUCAAUCGCUAAAUACUUCCAUGUAUAUAAGCGUGGUGAGAGUGUUUUUAAGAAAGUUUCUUUAACUGGAUCUGUUCUUCAUCCUUUUCUAGCAAGAUCAUAUACAGAUGUUUUACGGAUACAUUUUGAGGAGAAAUUGCUUUGCAAUCAAAACCUGUUGUCAUCAGAAGAUAGAUAUGAGAAGAUUCUUGAGCUUGUCUCAAAUAAAUCAAUUACUGAUGAGCUGCAUGACAAGUGGCAAGGACAUAGGAGAUCUUCCAAUACUGAAGAAGAUCUUAAUAUUACUAGAUGGGAGCAAUUAAAGCAUGUAUUGCAGUCAGGAAAACAGAAGGGUCUCAGAAGGUGUGUAGAAGAGAUUGUUUUCUUAUAUACAUAUCCAAGACUUGACAUGGAGGUUUCAAAACACAUGAACCAUUUGCUUAAAUCCCCAUUCUGUGUUCAUCCAAAAACAGGUCGUGUAUGUGUUCCUAUUGAUCCUGCGCACUGUGAUGAAUUUGAUCCUACAACUGUUCCAACCCUUUCCACACUGUUAGAAGAGCUGAACAUGCGUGGAGAUAAUUCGGAGUCUUUAAAUGAGCUUGAAAGUACUUCACUUGGACAAUACAUUACGAUGUUUAGAUCUUGCUUCUUGGAGCCACUAUUAAAAUCAUGCAAGGAAGAGAUGGAGAAUGCAUAUAAUGCAAAUCUUCAACAGUCUAGGAAUUCCUUCAGUUGGUGAAAUGGGUGAACACAUAUCAUAUCUUUCUAUUCUCAUCACUGAACAAAAGUUUUUUCUAAUCCCUGGUAUUCCUUUUAUAAUAUUUUGAUAUGUAAAUUCUGUUCUAGUAGUUGUUAAUUUGAUCUCCCCAGUUUAUACAAA